AAUAUUUUGUUUACAUCCAUUUGUUAUUGAUUCAUGAAAUAUAAAAGAAAUCAAAAAUAAUAUCAAAGAAGUAGAAUAAAAAGAUUGUAUCAAUAGACAAGAAAAUAAAAAUUAGUUCUGAGAUGAAUGUACAGUUUAAAAAUCAUACGGAAUUUUUAUCAAUGAAGAAUGAAAUAAAGAUUCUUAAAGACAAAGUACAGUCCUUAGCUGAAGAAAAUAUUGCACUACGUGAAAUUAACGUGCAGUUUCAAUUGGAAAACUUUAAACUGCAAAAGAAAAUUGAUUCAUUACAAAAUUCAAGACUUGAAGAAUGCUCACAAAUAGAAUAUGAUGAAGAUGUGAGAGAGCUUAUAGAAGAUGAUGCUUAUAAUGAUCCUACUGCAGAAUAUUUAGAGCAUGAUUUCGUUCUACCUCAAACAUCGACAGAAGAAAAGAAUUCUCUGCUUGAAACAAGCAUUCCACAAGACGAAUCAAAAAAGUUUUACCAUGAUGAUUACAGUUCGGACCAAUCAUCAAUUAACGAAGAAGAUAAUAUUAUAGAAAAUUCAUUACAAAUAUGUAAAGCAAUCAACAAAACUAUAGAGAAUGAACAAAUUAAUGAAGAUUCUGAAACAGUAGAAAGUGAAGAAUCUUUAGAUCCAAAGGAUGCUGUAAAAAUUAUUUACACAAAAGCUGCAAAACGUGGAGUUCUCGACAAGAUCAAAUCAAUUCAACCUGGUAAAAAGAAGGACUCAUACUUUGUUAGCAAAAUUCUUGAUCUGUUCUUUGAUCGUAAAGUUCUCGCUCAUUCAUCUGCUAAGGGUCAAAAAUGUCAAAGAUACAGCAUACCAGCUCGACCUCCUUUGGAUCCUAGCAAUGUAGAGAUUUGUCGUAAAGCUUUCUCCUAUCGAUUGCAACGUGAAGGUCUUUCUCAUGAAGCACAUCAAAAACGCUUCAAAUAUUUUUAUGGAUAUGUCAAUUUCAAAAUACAAAAUUCGAGGAAAAUUUGCGCAACUUGUAUAAGUGAAGGUGAAGGUGAAGGCGAAGCUGAUCGUUUUAAAAAAUGCUUGCAAGAUUAUGCUGCGAAAACCGGACAACUCGACGCGUAUUGUGAAACUAAAAUUUCGGAGUUUAAAGAAAGCAUUGACGAUUAUAUCAAAAGCAUUUUAAAAAAGGAAAAUAUGACAAAAUGCGGAUGGAAGCUUUUUGAAGACAACAAAGUUGACGAAAUUGCUCUUAAUGCUUUCAUUCAACAAUACACAACUUCAACUAUCGACGAGAAAGCUCUCGUGAAAGAAUUUAAAAAGACUUUUAAAUAUUUUUUGAAAUUUGGAAGAACUUACUGCUUUUCUGAUCUUUACAUUGGAAAUGCUUUCAAUUACGAAGUCGGUGGAAGACAUCCAAAUUCAAGUUUAACUCAAGAGGAAACUUGCAUGAUGAAAUAUUUGAUCGACAUAAAUAUCAUCGACCCAAAGUUGUAUAACAUCGAUGAAGGAAUUUAUGCAAAUGAAAAUUGCGAGUCAUUGUUUGUGGAAUGGCGACAAGAUUUUCCCUGUCAAUUUAAAUCGUUCGUUGUUAAUUUUCCUGAUGAAAUCUUCGGAUUGCCUUCGACAAAAUUUCGUGAAUGUUGGCAUCAAAAACUUAAGGAACAAAAACUUAAGGAAAAAUAUAAUGAACUGCUAGCAUCUUACAAACUGUUGGUCACUCUCGGCUUAUCUGAAGUUCAAAUUCAAGAAAUUCGAAGCGAUUACAUCACUUUGUAUAAAAACUUUAUUAUCAACCUUUUUGAGUGCUUGGAAAAAAUAUUUUGA